AUGACACAUCUGUGCCCCCUCCCCAUCAUAACACAUCUGUCCCCCCCUCCCCAUCAUAACACAUCUGUCUGGGUGUCAUCCUCGACAGUUUACUCUCCUUCCAAUCUCACAUCAAUAACAUCACUCGGGUCUGCCUACUUCCACCUGCGCAAUAUCUCUCGUCUCCGCCCCUCCCUCACCCCCCACACCACCGCCAUCCUCGUCUCCGCCCCUCCCUCUCCCCCCCCACACCACCGCCAUCCUCGUCUCCGCCCCUCCCUCCCCCCCACAACCACCGCCAUCCUCGUCUCCGCCCCUCCCUCACCCCCCACACCACCGCCAUCCUCGUCUCCGCCCCUCCCUCACACCCCCACACCACCGCCAUCCUCGUCUCCGCCCCUCCCUCACCCCCCACACCACCGCCAUCCUCGUCUCCGCCCCUCCUCACCCCCCACACCACCGCCAUCCUCGUCUCCGCCCCUCCCUCACCCCCCACACCACCGCCAUCCUCGUCUCCGCCCCUCCCUCACCCCCCACACCACCGCCAUCCUCGUCUCCGCCCCUCCCUCACCCCCCACACCACCGCCAUCCUCGUCUCCGCCCCUCCCUCACCCCCCACACCACCGCCAUCCUCGUCUCCGCCCCUCCCUGCACCCCCCUCAACCACCGCCAUCCUCGUCUCCGCCCCUCCCUCCCCCCCACACCACCGCCAUCCUCGUCUCCGCCCCUCCUCACCCCCCCACACCACCGCCAUCCUCCUCCUCUCCGCCCCUCCCUCACCCCCACACCACCGCCAUCCUCGUCUCCGCCCCUCCCUCACCCCCACACCACCGCCAUCCUCGUCUCCCGCCCCUCUCUCCCCCCCCCACACCACCGCCAUCCUCGUCUCCGCCCCUCCCUCACCCCCACACCACCGCCAUCCUCGUCUCCGCCCCUCCCUCACCCCCCACACCCACCCGCCAUCCUCGUCUCCGCCCCUCUCUCACCCCCCCACACCACCGCCCAUCCUCGUCUCUCCGCCCCUCUCUCACCCCCCACACCACCGCCAUCCUCGUCUCCGCCCCUCCCUCCCCCCCACACCACCGCCAUCCUCGUCUCCGCCCCUCCCUCACCCCCCCACACCACCGCCAUCCUCGUCUCCGCCCCUCCCUCACCCCCCACACCACCGCCAUCCUCGUCUCCGCCCUCCCUCCCCCCACACCACCGCCAUCCUCGUCUCCGCCCCUCCCUCCCCCCCACACCACCGCCAUCCUCGUCUCCGCCCCUCCCUCACCCCCCACACCACCGCCAUCCUCGUCUCCCGCCCCUCCCUCACCCCCACACCACCGCCAUCCUCGUCUCCGCCCUCUCUCACCCCCCACAACCACCGCCAUCCUCGUCUCCGCCCCUCUCUCACCCCCACACCACCGCCAUCCUCGUCUCCGCCCCUCCCUCACCCCCCCACACCACCGCCAUCCUCGUCUCCGCCCCUCCCUCACCCCCACACCACCGCCAUCCUCGUCUCCGCCCUCUCUCACCCCCACACCACCGCCAUCCUCGUCUCCGCCCCUCCCUCACCCCCCACCACCACCGCCAUCCUCGUCUCCGCCCCUCCCUCACCCCCACACCACCGCCAUCCUCGUCUCCGCCCCUCCCUCACCCCCCACACCACCGCCAUCCUCGUCUCCGCCCCUCCCUCACCCCCCACACCACCGCCAUCCUCGUCUCCGCCCCUCCCUCACCCCCCACACCACCGCCAUCCUCGUCUCCGCCCCUCCCUCACCCCCACACCACCGCCAUCCUCGUCUCCGCCCCUCCCUCACCCCCCACACCACCACCGCCAUCCUCGUCUCCGCCCCUCUCCUCACCCCCCACACACCACCGCCAUCCUCGUCUCCGCCCCUCCCUCACCCCCCACACCACACAGCCAUCCUCGUCUCCGCCCCUCCCUCACCCCCCCACACCACCGCCAUCCUCCUGACCACACACUCCCACAUCACCCGGACCCCCACAACUGACCACACAUCACCGGACCCCCCACAACUGGACCACAUCACCCCCACAUCACCCGGACCCCCACAGCUGACCACAUCACCCGGACCCCCACAGCUGACCACAUCCCCCCCCACAUCACCGGACCCCACAGCUGACCACAUCACCCGGACCCCCACAGCUGACCACAUCACCCCCACAUCACCCGGACCCCCACAGCUGACCACAUCACCCGGACCCCCACAGCUGACCCACAUCCCCCCCCACAUCACCCGGACCCCACAACUGACCACAUCACCCCCCACAUCACCCGGACCCCCACAACUGACCACAUCACCCCCACAUCACCCGGACCCCCACACUGACCACAUCACCCCCACAUCACCCGGACCCCCACAGCUGACCACAUCACCCGGACCCCCACAGCUGAAACCACAUCACCCGCACAUCACCCGGAACCCCCACAGCUGA